AUGUGCGCUGAGAAGUGGUCGAAACUUCUAGAUGGCAAUGGUUAUGAAGAGUUUUUUGGCAUACGCUCUUCGUCAGUCGACAUUGUUGCCAGUCCAGCUAGUGCCAUUACGGCAAAUGGCAAAAGCUCUAGCAGUUCUCUAAUGAUCACACCUCUGGUAUCGUACGACUGGGAAUACAAAUAUUACCCAACGAAGUUGUUGACAAGUCAUGCGACAUCAGGAAACAUCGCGUGGUUUAUAAAAGGUGAUUUAUCAACUGUAUAUUUACCCAUUUUAGGUCAAUCUAAAGCGUUAGUACGGAUAACGCACAGUGAAACACGCGUCAGAUCACUUCUUAAGAAUUUUGACAGUGACUUUCUCACACUUGACUUCUCUCCGUAUUUUUUACCAAUAUUGGCCGUCUUAAGCUUCGACGGGAUAUUAAAUAUAUAUCACGUUAAUCAUAUUGACGCGGUGAAUAACCUCUUGAUAUCCAUUAAUCUCCAUGAGAACAGUUCUACACUUACUCAUUGUGCUCUUAAAUGGGGGCCCAAGUCUACAACACCAGAAGACCACAAAGAUUCCUCUUUGCUCCUAGCGGCAGCCUUAAAUAGAGACGUAUAUAUUGUCGAUUUAAAUGGGGUUAUUGAGCAACUGUCCUCUGGUCCCAUCGAUUUCCACACGGCAUCAGUUCAAUAUCACUUGCAUUCACGUCUCUUAACCGAAAUUCUGGUGCGACUCUCUACUUAUGACAACAAUAUUGAGGCAAUGGAGUUUGCUGCUGAUGCCUCAACCAUCUUCAUUAGUGUGAAUAUCGGACAAAUCCUCGUGUUCAAACUAUCCGACAUUAAAUCAGAGUCUUUCAGUCCCUAUCGUGAAUGGACAAUGCCCGGAACCUCUUCAUUCUCAUCUCUCCAUUAUGUCAACUAUAAGAGCAUGUUAGCUCCGGAAGGGUAUCUAAUUGGAGGAGCAAAUUUCAAUCGGGAGUUGUUUCUUUGGCGUCUUCCCGAUUGUUCCCUGGUUCAGACUAUUCGAUUUUGUCCCAGUGAGGGACGAGAUCAGAAGGAUAGUGAAACCCUAAAGUCCUCCCCUCAACCCAUGCUCAUUACUCACUUCAGUGCGACAGCUAAUCUUCUUCUGGCCAGCGACAUCAAACGCACAUCCCCCACAUUUCGCUGUGGAAGUGUGUGUGUUCAUUCUACUCCUCAAACAAUGCCAAACAAGUCAAAACGCGCCAAAAUUAGCACUAAUAUGUGCACCUGUGGUCUCCUUAGUGGUGAGCACGGGAAUAACUCCAACCGUGGCAAAACUUUCUCCCGAACCCGCGAACGCUCACUGCUCAGAUGUCGUCGCUCGACUCCGAGAGCUCAAGCCUCCAUCCCCAGCCACUGGAGUGCCACGCCAGUCGGCUGUAGAUCCUAUGUAGCUCCGCUUAGAAAGAGGGGCAGACCCGUAAGAGCUAGACAGGCUUCUUAUACGGUGGCUGUUAAGCGCCGACGGCGGCAGAGGAAUGUGAAACCGACUGCUCUGACAGCUGGGUCAUCUUUAAAAGUUGUAGAGAAGGAGGUGGGGAAGGGAAACCAUGCUUCGGAGGAGUCACAGAAGUCCGAAACGCAGCCUCUAAAGAAUCAUCUUUCUGUUCUCUACGCGCUCCAUUUAUCCAGAAACCCUGAUAAUCCAGAAGAAGUGCAGUUCCGAUGUGUCACUGAGUUUCUCCUCGUCAGUCCGUGUAUCGCAUUUGAUGUCAGUCGGGUUUCACGCUCCCUUUCACUGGACCGCCCUUUUGCGGCCUACGUCCCAGAGGACAGCGAUAACAUUGAAGCUCAACUAAAUUUGAUUCAUCCUAGGGAGCUGAAGACAGGAAAGUUAAGUUUUUUUGUUCCUCUGGGCAUCUACAUGCAACGUGACAAAACUAAGAAAGAGGAACAAUUCGCCACUGAGCCCCCACUGGAUAAUGACCCCCUGUCUACGGUAGGAACGGUCGGGAACUGUUCCUCCCCUUUACUGCCCGAAGGAAAUAAGAGUUCCAUCUCUUUCAAUGUCUUCACGAAGAUGUUUAACCGGAGACCAACUUCGGCUUCUUCGCGCCCCUACACUCCACCACCGAAUGGAGAUGUCCCUUCUGUACCACCUCCAACUGAAAAUUCGCUUUCUGUGGACUCAAAUACUCCUCAAGCUACUUCGGAGCUUGAAGCCACGCCUACAGGCCAAUCUUUCGGCGGUGGUGACAAUUGUGGCAGCGGAAAUGAUGAGGGCGAAAGCUUUCAAACUGUCGGAAGAAUCUCGGAUGCUGAGCUUGCCAACGAAGACCCGAUAGUGGCAACUGCCUUCCGCUCUGGGUCCACUUGCUCCUUUCACACCUCUGCUACCGAUCCGAGUCAGUUGCCGUUUCGGGGUAUGGGAGGACUGAGUAAAGCAAGCGAGCUGUCGGACUCUGUUCGCAGUCUGGCGGGCAGUAGCAGUGUUGCCAGCUUCUCGAAUUCCCUAUGCCGUGAUCCGUCGAUCCUAGACUUCUCCCGGCCUGCGAAUGGCGUAUUUGCAAAGGCCAUGAGUCUCAGCAUGAACCAACCACUUUCAGACUCCGUGCGAAGUCUGGAUGGCAGUUCGAACGAUGUGAUCGCCACAUCAGAGUCGCUAAAGUCAUUGCAGAUACAUCCUAUUGCUACCCCUACUACUUCCUCCACUGAAUGUGGUGCUUCGGGGGAUUCGGAAGUAAUUCAACUGCUGAAGAGUCUUUUAGCGGAGACUAAGGCCCAGGCGGCUUCUAUUAAGACACUCACAAACAAAGUGCAUGAGAAUAAGAACCAGCUAACAAAAUUGGCCAAUGUGCAAGCCACCAUCUUGAAGCAAGUUAACGCUCUCACCCCCUCACCCGUCUCCACCUCCGCCACCGCCUCUACUCCCACCUCACCCUCUUGGGCUAAUCAUCUGGUGGAUCAAGUACGCAAGCAGAAAGCCGAGACAACAAAGCAGUUAAUGCAUCUGGAAACAGUGUUGAAUAACAUCCAGACCUCUACCGCCUCAAUGGUUCCGACGAAAAAACCACAGGCGGCGUCUCUUUUAGACGCCAAGCAGAUGCAGACCUUGCAGGAGCAGACGCGUAAUGUCAUACGAACUGAAAUUCAAAACGUCUUUCAGUCCAAUGCUCCUAUAAUCCUCGAGCCCUUGCGUCAGCAUUUGCGAGUCUCCCUGGAGGAGAUGUUGGGUCCUCUGCCGAAGACAGUGGCCGAUCGGAUGCUCUCCGUCAUCAUUGAUCCAAAGUUCAAUCAGUACUUUUUGGGCCAGAUGAGCACGACAAUUGCACCUAGUAUGACGAUUGCUUACCGCGAGGAACUGCGUCGGGUGCUCGUGCCGGCGUUUACUAAGGGAGUUGACAAACUCACCAAGGAAUUAGAUGAACUGGUCAAAUGUGCCCUGAACCAACACGUACAGUUAGUCAUUACGAAGAUUGACUCUGGUGUCCAGUCCUCGCGGGACAAGAUCGACGCAUCGGUUCGGAAGUUCGACGAGCAGGUCAACCGGUUGUCUAAGGACAUUGCAGCCAAGGUUACGACUCAAAUGAAUGAGUCGCUAAAAGUAGCUUCGCAGCAGUCACAACUGCUAAAGGCAGAUAUUGCAAUGCCGUCUGCGUUGGAAGUAGGAGGAGCAAUGUUAUCAGCUGCGACUUCAAAAGAUUUGUCGCUAAAGGGCUCGAGAUCGGCCUUCGACACUGUCGGCGGAGGCGGUAGCAAGCAGCAAUUGAGAAACUUCAUUUCGGGAGGCACUUCGUCUGCGGACUCUUACCAAGCGGCUCUCUUAUUCAUUCAAAACCACCAGUAUGUGGAGGCCCUUGAGACGGCCCUGACCUCGGCGAACCAAAUUUUAUUGCUGAAGGUGUUGCAGAACGUUCCAGUGGUGCAGCUCUUCCGACAAAAUGUGAAACAGGAGCUUCUCCUUUCCCUAAUUCACCAACUCAGCUGUGGACAGCUUCAAGAGCAGUUGGAGAUGAAGAUAUCAUUCCUGCAGGAGGCGGUGAACCACCUUCGUAUGAAUGACGACACAGUGAAGGAGCUCGGCGACGAUAUCCUCUCCAUGCUGGUCACCAAGAUCACACAUCUUCAAGGUGCCGGUGUCCUGACUUCGGCGGAGGCGAACCGGGCCCUUGUAUUGCUGCGAUCAGUUCAGGAGAAGCGGCAGAACCGAACCCACCUCUAG